GAGGCAAUCUUGAAAGACUUCCUCAACACUCUGACCUCUUGGUUCUUCUGGAUGCUAAUUGGCGUGCUCAUUGUCGGGAUAUCCAUUCAGUUGUACUACCUGAAUCGAGCAUUGGAUUUGUUCAAUACCGGCCUGGUUACUGCAUUGCUCUACGUGUUUUUUACCGGAUUCGUGCUAAUCGCCUCAGCUAUCCUGUUCCGCGAAUGGAUGACCCUCAACCCAAUGGAUUAUGUCGAAUUGUUUCUGGCCCUCAUUCUCAUCACCAUCGGUGUGUUUAUGAUGACCGUGUUAAAGGAUCUGGACUUCAGUUGGAAAACUUUAACAACAGUUCGAUCUGCUGCCAAUUCUCCUGGACUGUUACGUGGAUCCGAGGUCAAUGAAAAGGAAUUUGACGCUCGAGCACGUAAUAAACGUUCUCGGUUCAAGCCGAAACAAUCACCAAGUGUUCGCAAAUCACCGGACGCUCGAUUCCUUCUCCCUGUUAACGAAUCUUGGAGUAGCGAUUCGAGCGAAUUGGAUACAGCUCCGCCGCCCGAACUCCCAUUCAGACUGAGCACUCCACAUGAUCGGGCCUCGUAUUCGAUCGCAUUGGAUUCCGGAACUGUGGACCCGGUACUGACCACUACGUCCACAACAGAUCGUGGGAGUGGUCCGAACCAUUUGACUUUUUCGCCCGUCAUGCCCAGUUCAAAACAUGUAUAA